AUGAGAGAUGGUGAAACGACGAGUACAGCGAUUUUAGGCUCUUUACCGGAGAAGGAUCUUCGCGUAUCCUCCGAAGAGAGCUUGGCAAAACCCAGUGAUGACGCUUGUACGGGUGUCGACUUUCAGCAGCAGCCAGCAACGGCGGUGCAGAGGGAGGAAGAGGGAGCCUUUGCAGGACAAAAGCGGCCUAACGAAGAAGAACACAUGACCGCUGAUGAUGUUGACGACGAUAACAAGUUGACCAGACCCUCGUCGUCAGCCGGGCUACGGGUUGACAGCGAGGGGUAUCUAACGACUCUCGGUCUCUCGAUCAACCCCGUGCUACGUUAUCUCGUUUGUUCGGAUUGCGAGAGGGCGGUGCUAGAAGCGGAAGUCCGCACUCAUCUUCGCUCUUAUCAUAAGGAGACUCUUCCUCUUCUAGAGCCCCAGAAGCUUCGGCUCGCAAUCGGCUCGACGGGCGUUGAGUUGUCGGAUGAUUGGGUAGACCCGGGAGCACAUAUACGAGACGCGUAUGACGGCAUCGAAAUCCUCGUGGGCUACGAAUGUCCUGAGUGUCCUGGCUCAUCAUUCCAUGCAAUUAGCACACUUCGUUCGCACUACCGCAGCAAACAUCCACAAACCAAGUUCGACCGUAAUCAAGCGUUCCCUCGCGCGGACAUGCAGCAAGUGACGACGGCGGCGGGGCCUGCACGAAAGUUUUUUCCUGUGAUCGUUCGAAACACAGUCUUGCAAGACGCCGGGAUCUCGGACUUUGUCGCGCAGCUUGAAAGGACGCAAAGGUUGCAAUUCAAAAGCGUGACAGCACAGGAGCAGGAUUUGCGUCGGCAUCCUGAGUGGAUUCAAAGGCUGAGGUACUCUGAGGCUCUGAAAGGACGUAAUGACUUUCCGUACCUUACUGGUCUGACGGAGUUACCCAAGGACGUUGGUCCACCCUCGAGGCUUUUGCGUGCGGUGAGGGAGAUUACAGAGCAGGCCAACGGUCUUAUACCUUUGACGAGCGAACUUAUCUUGAGGAGACUCGUGACGGCCGACCCAAAGAAAAGGCGAGUGAGAUCGGACAAACACCCGUCUGACGUUUGCAAUCUUAACCUCUUCUAUCUUAGUGGGUACGAACACGCUCCUUUUAAACGGCUACAGAAGGGGGACCACGCCUACGACAACGAGUGUUACAGGGUUCUUCUCUUUUUGAAGAGAACAAGGAAAAGCGAGAGGCCAACUUAUGACUCACACAUUCCUGAUGAUAUCGCUUGUCUCGUCGAGGAAAUGAACGACGCUCUCAUGGCCCCUAACGCAACGUACUCUCCCGCUCAAGUAAAAGAGACGGUCUUGGCGCUGCUCGUUGCCAUCUAUACUCGUACAUGGGAGCCCAGCGAGAACAACGCCAUUCCGGAUCCCGUCAUGCAAACGGUGAUGCUCACAAUGCUGGACCGUGACGGCCGUUGGAAGGAUGCCAAAGAUCUGACGCCAACGCUAGCCAGACUGGAGCGCAACGUUCGCACAGUAAUGCUAGUGCACAUGCAUCGGUUACGGAAGAGCUUACCGGGAAGCCCAAGUCUUGACGAAAUAUCUUUGCUUCUUCAGAAGUCCUAUACCGAAGGUUAUCAUUCAACCUUCAGCGCGCUUAUCCAGACCCAGCACCUUGCGUCUUCGAUUGCGAUGAGCCAGCCGUCUGCUCCAACCAUGUACUGGGUCGAUCCAGAUAGUCGGCGGAUACUCAACUACAACGGAUGGAACAUUCACGUGGACGACUGGGCACGGAUGAUGCACGCGCUGCAUGAUCGUCAGGAUGUGGUCUUGAAGGAACUAUUGAUGGGUGAGGAGGACAUUCUCAUUGACUUUACCGGGAAAACCCUCGUGGAUAAUCCUCAACAGCAAAGCUACUGUUACUCGCUAUUCAAGGACGGUCGCAACUCUUCUUUAUUCUACCCGGACGGGAAUGAGAACAUACUGUUGCAUAGGGUUGCAAGCAGGCCGGCGCUAAGGCGCAAGUUCUUUCGCCAGUCUGCGGACGGUGAAUGGCAUGUGCUGUCCACGGUGGCGCGACAGUGGAUGGGAAAGCUCGCGGAGCUUAGUGGCCUUAAUAUGAGUGCCCUCACGCUGGCAGGAGGUGGUCCCGCGCGUAGUACGGAGUUGACCGCUCUAAACUAUGCUUGCGGAAGAGACGGGGAUAUGCGAAACUUGGUAGUUUACCGAAAUGGGCUGGUAAUUGCAAAGACAUAUCACAAGAUGGGCCCGACCACCGGCCAGCUGAAGCUGAUUCCUGACAUUUUGGACGCCCAUCUCAGCUACGUUCUACUGCACGAACUUGCCAUCCUUCGCCCCUUUGCAAUCAUGCUGGCUCAAACCGUCUUCCCGAACAACGAGACGAUACUUGAGAAGUACCGAUGCAGGUUAUUCCUGUCGUAUGGUCGGGAGUUCAAAUGCGACGACCUCUCGAACUUGCUUGCGAUUUGGACCUCUCAAUACCUCAAAGUCUCGAUGACGCUGAGGUUUGUGCGACAGGCGAUGAUCGCAUUCAAGAACGCAAAAGAAGAUUCGACGGACGUUGACGCUUUCAUGGCGUCGCAUAGCUCUGCGGUGGAAUUCAAACGUUAUGCUGUCUUGAGCGAGCUGCCGACCGGAGGUAGCUCGAAGCUCUGGGAUGAGUGCCGCGUGGCCUGCCGACUCAUGCAUAUUCGCUUUGAAAUUAUUCCUGGUGAGUUUGCCCGGUCAUAG